GGUCGUAAGGCCAAAUUAGCCUUCGCACGCAUUGGCUAAAGGAUUGAAUGUUGAACAUCGAGAUAUCAAUAGGAACUACUUACCAAUAUAACCACGAUGAUCUAGGAAGUAGCCAAGCUUCUACGGUCUCCGGGCGUUUGCCGCCGCACCUAAGAAAGCCUGCCACUCCCGUCAAGCUGGCCCCGUGAGGCGUAGCGCGGUCGUAUAGCAUCUGUCCUCGGCGGUCGUCACGGCGCCAGAGCUGUCCAUAUCAGCCUGACCUCCGUCCUAGGUCGGUCGCGGGCCCUCGCACGACCCUGACUCAGCUUCCGAGACACCGACCGCCCAUCCCCGCCGCACAUUUUCUGCAUCUUUCAUUCAAACUACCUCCUUGUAUCUCGCCCAAGAUGAUGUGGGAUUUUGGAGACCACACCUAUACUCCCGGGCAGCCCGAGCAGCGGCCGCGCUCGGUAGAGUACUCGCCGCAACAAAGUCCUUACCCUCUUGCUGAUGCGUCCCCAUUCGUGCCACUGGUUCAACAGACACCGUCCUACACCUCGUCGCAUGUAUCCAGCAGCCCGAGCCUGCAUGGAAUGCCACAAGCUGCUCCGAGCUCGUUCUCUCCUGGAGGCGUGCCGCGGUCUCUGAUGGAGAUCCGCGUGGAGUACUCUCCUCGCAGCGGGUACUCUGGACAUGUACACCGCACGCACCAUCAUUCACACUACCCAACUCGGCCGCAGGUGCAAGUGGUUCAGCAGCCUCAAGCGCAUAGACGCGAGCACGCGAGUCAUCCUCAACACCGUGCCUCUCUGCAAAAUCAGCACUACGCGCACAUCGAGACGCCCUCGCUACACUUCGAGUAUUCCAAGUGCACGGGCCGCAAGAAAGCGCUCUGCAUCGGCGUCAACUACAUCGGCAUGAAAGAGCAGCUCAGCGGGUGCAUCAAUGACGCAAAGAAUGUCCGGAGCUUCCUCAUCCGCCAUUGCGGGUACAAGGCCGAAGACAUUGUUCUCCUCACCGACGACGCCACGAACCCGCGCCAACUUCCAACGCGUCAGAACAUGAUCGACGGGAUGAAGUGGCUCGUGCGGAGUGCGCACAAGCACGAUUCGCUCUUCUUCCAUUACUCGGGACACGGCUCGCAGGUCAAGGACCGCGAUGGAGAUGAACUUGAUGGGUACGACGAAGUCAUUCUGCCUGUUGAUUUCCGCAAGUCUGGGAUCAUCGUCGAUGAUCUCAUGCAUGACAUUAUGGUCAAGCCGCUACCUACUGGCUGCCGCCUGACGGCCCUCUUUGACUCUUGCCACUCUGGUACCGCACUCGACCUGCCAUUCAUGUACCACAGUAAUGGCCACCUGAAGAGUCAGCGCGGCAUCACGCCAGCGCACCUCGCCGCGAAGGCAUCUAGUGCUGACGUCAUCUCCUUCAGCGGCUGCACAGACUCGCAGUCGAGUGCCGAUACCUGGGAGGGCGGCGCUGCUGCAGGCGCAAUGUCCUACGCCUUCAUGAAGUCAUUCCGCGAGAACCCGAAGCAGACGUACCGGGAGCUCCUCAUCUCGGUCCGCGCGAUCCUCAAAAACAAGUACAACCAGACGCCACAGCUGUCGAGCUCGCACGAGAUCAACACGAACUUGCAAUUUAUUUUAUAAGAGGCAGGUGCCUUGGGAUUACCGUUAUGACUCGUCUGUUCAAAGGGCGCAUUUACUGCUUUGUGUUAUUUUCGUUGUGUAGCAAGCCUCACGUCUGUAUCUUCCUGUGAUCGAGACGCAUAUAAUAUACUGUGUCUGUAGUUCGUGAGACACGAUGACCGAGUUUUGAGCAUAUAUGUACAACACAACAAUAAUGUUUCCAGAAGCAGCGCACAA